GUGGUUGGAGGCAAGGUAAAGAAACCAGGAAAGCGAGGUCGUAAACCAGCCAAAAUAGACUUGAAGGCAAAACUUGAAAGAAGUCGCCAGAGUGCAAGAGAGUGCAGAGCCAGGAAGAAGCUGAGGUACCAGUACCUGGAAGAGCUGGUUUCCAGCAGAGAGCGAGCCAUCUGUGCUCUCAGAGAAGAGCUUGAAAUGUACAAGCAGUGGUGCAUGGCGAUGGACCAAGGGAAAAUCCCCUCUGAAAUAAAAGCCCUGCUAACUGGAGAGGAGCAAGGCAAAGCACAGCAGAACUCAACCAAACUUGCCAAGGCUGGGAAGACAGAAGCAAACAGCAGCAACCCCUGAGGCCAGUGCAGAACCUUCCCUGCUGCAGCAGAGCUUCUGUGUUGGCUGGCAGAGGAACGCUGUUGUGAGAAGUGGAUGCAUCCCCACAUGCAGGGGGAAGGAUCCCAGUCUGCUGUCUUCUCUUUGCUCCUCCCCACAAGAAACUCUUGGAUUACGGUGUUCCUAAGCCUGCGUGGAGUGGGGCUGUAGGUGUUGGUGUAAGCAGAGGCUUGUUCUUCCUUUCUCUACAUCACCC